AUGACCAACCCAAACAGCGCGCCGCAAACAGGAGGCGCACCGACCCCUCCACAGGAAGAACCUCCCAAGAACGCCUACGCAGCCUACGUUCCCCACGACCUCAAAUACAGCACCGCAUUCGAAGACGCGAUCAUGGCAAUAGUCAACAACCCGCCCUCCGAAAGCCAAGACAGCGGCAUUCGAAUCAUCCCGGAAGACAGCAGUGAGAUCCCCGUGGAAGGCAUCAGCGUGAAAGCAGACGCGAUUUCAUGGCAGAGUCUACCUGAGGUUCGAGAGGAGGAAUUGCCGUUACCGCUGGAAGAUGGACGGAGGGUUUUCCGGAGUCCGGUGAGGGGGGUGAGGGUCACGCAUCCUGGUGAGUUAGAAACCCUAUUAAAAGCGGUGGGAUGGAAGCUGUGGGUACUAAAGCGUGCGAAAUCUAGGAGGCUACCUACACGGCGGACCCGGUCUCGAUCCGGAAAUGGACACAUUCGCGGAAGAUUUCCUGCAGCGCAAUGCCGCGAACACGAACGAUGCGCAAACCCUCCGCGCGGCGCAGCAGGACGAGAUUGCACAGAGUAUUGGCGAGUUGAAGCAGAGGAUGCGGGAGCGACAGAGGGCGAUUGAGAGCAAUGAGCGGAUUGAAAAGGAAUUGAAGAGGAUGCGGGAGGAGCAUGAGAUGGAGAUGAAGGUUCAUCGGCAGUUGGCGGAGAAGAGGAAGGCGAAGAAGGAGGCGAAGGAGAGGGAGCGGGCUGGGAAGGGAGGCUAG